AUGUAAAUUACGGAUGAGAAAAAGAAAAUAAUGGCUAUCAUAGGAGUUAUUAUAUUAUUACUUGGAAUCUUAUAUCUUGUAGAUUGGCUGAUUGUAUUGCAAUUUGGAGUUCUGGGUCACUUUGUAAUUCAAAAUUCAUUAAUUAAAUUUUAGAUCUUUGUUGUUGGUUUAUAUGUUUUCAUAAAGAAUACAAUCAGAUUAUUUGUAUUUCCAGGUUCCUAUUGGUUAUGGAGAAGGAAUGUGGAAAAUAGAUAUGCUAAGGCUUUAGCUAAAAGGGCAAAUAAAAGAAUGGAGGAUUUAUAAAAUUUGAUAAGGAUAUUACUAUUGAUACCUGAGUAAUUUAUUUAAGGUAAAUUAGCACAAAAGAAAUCAAAGUUGAAGAUUUAAUACCAAUAAAAAAAACUCUAUAGUCAUUUUUAAAUACUUUUUCAUCAUUAAACUAUAGAAAAGAAUUGAAUGAAUAAUAACAACAUCUCUUUGGCUUAUGUCAAUAAUUAGAACAGUUCUUAAAGGAUGUUCUAAUCCAAUCUAAAUCUCUCUAUGAUCACUUAGAUAAUCCAUAGGAUUUAAUUAACUAUUCCAAAUAAAGUGUGCAAGUCGAUUCAGAACAAUUAUCUAAUUUGCUCAUAAUUUUGGAAAAGCUAACUCAGCAAUUAUAAGAAAUAUAUAUGCCCAAAAACUUUAUUUUAGAAGCUGAAAGAUGGAUCUUUAAUAAGACUCUUGGAACAGUUGAUCAAAUGAGAGUCGAAUUGGAAAAUACAUUUAAAACUAGAAGAUUAAAAGUGCAAGGAUACGAUCGGAAAUUGAUUGAUUGGUAAUAAUAGAUUAGACUAUCAAAGUUUGUAUAUAUGUGCCAACGAAGAUGACAUGGAGAACGACAAAGCAGUUAUAUUUUGUUAACCGAAUGCUGGAUAUUAUGAAUACAUGUAUUAUGAAUCAGAAUGGAUUGAUUAUUACUUAAGGCGUGGGAUAUCCAUGUUUUUAUGGAAUUAUAGAGGCUAUUGUGACAGUUAAGGAUUGCCAAAUACAAAGGAUAUCAUGAAGGAUGCAGAAUCCAUUUGUGAUUUUGUAACAUCUCAAUUAAAAGUGAGUUAAUUGAUAUUUCACGGUGAAUCUCUAGGAGGAAUGGUUGCAUGUCAUUUGGGUAGAGUCAGACAAUGUAACUUACUAUUUGCAGACAGAACAUUCUCAAGUAUAAGCAAUAUUGCUUAAGUUGGAUUUUCAAAAUACGCUAGCUUUUUGUUUAAAUUGUUAACAUCAUGGAAUUAUGAUUCUGCCAAAUCUUAUGUCGAAUGCUAAAGCUAUAAGAUUUUAGCCUUAGAUUAAAAAGAUGAAGUCAUUCCAUAUCUUUCAUCACUAAAAGUUGACGUCACUAGAUAGAUAUUCUUGAGAGAAUUUGGAAGCUAAUAUUAAAAUGAUGAGAAUGUACUUGCUAAUAUUCUAUUAUUAGUUUAAAUAAAGUGAUCAUAGCGAUACAUUUUUAUAAAAAGUCUUAAGAUAUAUACCGUGGAUGUCAAAAUCAGGGAGUACUACUUUCUAUGAUAUUUGGUAUACUCAGUUAUUAAAUAAAUAAGAAAUGCUCACAUUUUUUGAUGCAAACAAAAGGUAAAUUUUUGAUAUCAUAAUAGAAUCCAAUCUAUCAUGAAAUAAUUAGAAACUGAAAGAAUCAAAAAAACCUUAGAUGAUUCUUAUUCAACUUAUUUAAAUGAGUCACAGGAAAUCGAGAAGUAAUUUUCAUAGAGUCAAAAUUCAACUGUUGAUAUUGAUGAGGUAUGAAAGAUUGUAAUUACUAUGAUCAAGGUUACUUAAUUGGCAGGACCUUAUAAUUUAUCUGAAUAAGAGAAAUCUAAUGAAAAUCUCCUCAAUUUCAUAAAGAAAAUUUGGGAAUGUUUUGAAUCCUUCGAAACCGCUUCUAUGACUUUGAAUGAUGUGUUUUCAAUCUUCAAAGAAUCACAACAAUAUGAGGUCUUUUUGGAUUACCUACUAAGUAUCUUCUUUUGGGGAUCUUACCUUCCUCUCAAAAACAUUCCAAAAAAAAAAAUGAAUACUGUUGUUUGUUAAAAGUUAGCUUUCGCGAGAUUUACUUCCAACAUUAAUAAAAUUGAAACUCUAAUUAAGAAUGAAAAAAGCAAUUUAGAUUCUCCUAAUGGAACUAGAGUAAUUAUGAAUUACUAUAAAAUAGUUAAUUUAAGAUUUGGAAUUAAUUAUUUAAAGAUUUAAAUUGAUAAGAGAAAACUUUAAAAAAACAAUGAGAAAUUAACUUCAAUAACCAUCACAUCAAUCAAUUUAAAUCGAAAUGAAGGAGGCAGAAGAAAAAAAAUCAAGUAAUUUAUUUAAUUUAAGAAGCAUCAAAAAUUAAUGAAUCAUUAAAGAAUUAGUUAGGUUCCUUAAUUCCUUUGGGAUGUGGUCAUAAUGGAAAUUUGAAUCAAACAGAAGUAGAAGUACUUGACUUUCAUAUGUUAUAAGCUGGAGUUGUAAAAUAUUGA